AUGGUUCAAGAAUUUCCAGAAGGCUUGUGCAUCCUACUUGAGAGUGCCAUAAUGUAUGGGCAAAAUGAUGAGCUUCUCAAUUUUCUUGCAAGUGAAAAUGCUACUUCAGAUGAUUUUGAUUGCAUAAUUAACAAGCUAGGCUUUAAAAGUGUUUUCAAAAUUGAGCAAAUCUCUGUAGACUUCAGAUUUUUAUUCUAGACCAUGAAGGUAGCAGGAACCUUACAGCACAGCAGCAGAUUGUUACAGCAUUUGCAGAUUAUUUUCGAUUAAGUGUUUUUAUUUUUAAAAAGCAAACAAACAGAUGCAGGGAAAUUGUUGAAACUCCUAAAAGCUGAUUUGAAAGAACAGAAAGUAAGGGAUUUUCGGUCAAGCACAAGAGAAAAUCUUGAUGAUUGUUUUGACUUUCCUGUUGUUCUCGAUAAUAUCUUAUUAUUGAUUGGAGAGAUUCUAUCUAUUGCUAAUUUAAGUUUGGAGCAAACUGUAAUCUUAUCAAGAAGUCUUCUCUUAAUUUCUUCUAAUGUAAAUUGUAGUAUUUCAAACACUAAACAGGUUCUUAAUAUGCUCAACAAAUCUUUUGAUGAUCAACAAGUUGCAUCAUGGCUUAUAAAUGACAAGUCCUUAGAAAUUGUUGUCGUGGCUCUGGGGAAGAGACUAUUUGUUAUUGGAGAUUUUGAGUGCCAAAUUGCCAUGUUUGAAGUUAUGUGUAGAUUGGCAUCAUGUGUACAUGAUAAGAUUUAUUGGGCACGCCUUUGGUUUUCUUCUAAACAACUCAAAGCUAAAUUUUUAAAUCUCAGACAAGAUCAGUUUGAGCAGGACAGUCGAAAAAUUUUAAAUUACAUUAACAUGAUGGAGCCCAUACCGAGAGUAUUCUCAUUUAUGGCAAAAUCAGUUUGGCUAGGAGAAUUCCAGCUUCAAAAGCCACAAGACAGUGAUUUCUGGAUCGAUCUAAGCUUUGGUUCUCAGAUAAUAUCUUUCUUUUGUUCCGAGAUUUUUAGUGAAGAGGAGGAUCCACCAUGGGAAACAGUAUCUAUAUCUGCAGGAAUGAUAGAUAAUUAUACUAUUUGUGAUAAUGCAGAGGAGGAGAUGACAACUCUCAUUCUUCAAUUAAAAUGUAGUUGCAAUCAACUCAUGUCAACCAACUCUGAAAAUGUACAGUUUGGCAGGGAUGAAGUUAAAAUAACUUUUUGGUGUCCUGAUCAUAAUAUAAAAAAACUUGUUGCCAGGUUACUAGAAGAAGAUUAUGAAGAAGAAAAGAUUGAAUUGAGUGAAAAUUUACAAAUUGGAAAAAGAAAGAUAUCAGUAUCUACAGAAAUUACGUCUUGUGAGCAGUUUGAGGAAACUGAAGCGUCAGUAAUUAAGAGAAGAAAGCUAUCAGAGAACAGUGAUUUACUGAAUGUUAAUGAAUUGCAGGAAACUGAAGCCAUACAACAAGGGCAUCGAAAAAUAUCUGAAAGUGAAAAUUUAAUGAAUGCUUUUGAAACAAAGAAUGAUCCUGUCUUGCCAAGUGUUGGAAGAAAACUCUCUGAGAUUGAUGAAUUAAUGGAGACACAUCAAAUUGAGGAAACUAAUAUCUUGCCUAAGAAAAUUAGAAAACUUUCUCAAUCUAAGGAAAUUAUUACAUCAGAAGAAAAUGAGACAAAUGCAAUAUCUAUGGAACAGGUCAAAACUGCUAUUGAUGAAAUAUUAAAAACGAAUAUUGUUGAGAAAGAAAAAACAAACGAAACAGAUACAUUCAAACUGCCUAUCGAAGAUGAUUCUCAAUAUGUAAUUUCAGCCACUCCUGUUAACCAAAGAGCAUCCGCUAAUAAGUUGAAAGAAAGAAAAUUGAAAUCAUCUCUGUCUCUUAAGUCACAAAGAAAACCUGAUACUACCAGGCAUAAUUUCACUGAUGCCAAAGUUAAUAAUGUUAAAAGUUUCUGUUCAAUGAGUAACAGUUGCACAGACAGAUGUGAUUUAAGUGACAAAAUUGUAAACUUGACCCCACAGGUACAACCGAAACGUGUAAAAUUGUUUAAUGUGGAUUCCACUCCCAUGUACAAUAAACCACCUACUUUGAGAUCUAGCCAAGUUGUCCAAAAUAAAAACAUUUUUGUAAAUAAUGAUAGUAAUGUGUCCCAGCUGAUUGCUAAUGAUGAAGAAAACUUUAGUAAUGAGAGUAUUUUGGAAACAAAAAAGACUAAAAUCUCAGAUGAAAAAAAUUUAGUUAGUAAAAGUAAAAAUGAUUUAGCAUUAACUCAAGUGCGAGCCUCGCCUGCUUCUAAAUUAAAUGACACAGUUGCUGUUGAAUUUGAUGACUUGAACUUGCCUUGUUUGGAUGUAUUUUCCAAUAAGGAACCUCCUAAGGAAGAAAAUUUACAGAAAGAUACAGAAGCUAAAAAGAAGAAAGAUUCUCCUAGUUCAAAAAAAGAGAAUACUGCUAAAAAGAGAACAAGAAGGAAACAAACUCAAAGGCAAAAUUUUAGUUCAGAUGUUGAUUCUGACUCCCAAAUUAUAUCAGAUAAGAAUUCUAAAAAAAAGAUAGAAAAAAAGAAAAUUCAAAGACAAAAGAUCUUAGAUGAAGAUUUUGACACAAGAACUUUAGUGAAUAAGAAACCAAGAGCUGCUGCUUUGAACGCAAAGAGAAAAAAUAAAAGUUUACUAAAGCAAAAAGAGUUGGAUGAAAAUUCUAUACUUUCUUCAACAAUCAAAAGAAAGUAUGAAAGUGAGGAUGAUGUUAGUUGUUAUUCACCAAAAAAGAAGAAAAACAAUGCUUGUUCAAUUUUCCAGACUGAUACGGAAACUCAGAGUAGCGAAAUCAGCUGGUUUAAAGGAGGAAAACGUGGGUUAUUUCAAACUCCUCCAUUAAAGAAUUACACAAGAAAGAAUUAUAAAAGCAGGACUUCUCUGAAAAAGUGGAAACAACAAGGAGCAAUUCAAAAGAAAAGGGAAUUUCAGAAGAAAACUAAAUUUUUUGAUGACAAAAGUUCAGAAUCUGGUACAAAAUCAAAGAGUAUGGGACUUUCUGAUAUAGACAAAUUUAGUUUAGUUGUAGAAAAAGAAAGUCCUAAAAAAAUGGCUCAUGUUAGGAAAUCCACAAAUUUUCAUUUUGAAUUACUGAAUUCAGUUAAUGAAAAAAUACUUGAUGCAACAUCUGAUGAAAAUUUAAAUCAUAAUUUUACUGAUAAUGACAUUAUUGGUGGACAUUCCAAUCCGAGGGUUUUGGACAAACUUAGUUUGCCUAAACAAGCAAAAAAAAAUAUUAGCAAAGAUAAUCAGAGUUUCAAAAUAAAACCCGUUAAACAAAAGGAAAAGUUUCUGCAUUGUAACUAUUUAAAAAUAAGUGAUGAAAAAUCAAAGCUUAAAACUGUGAGAAAAUUCGAUACAUAUGUUAAAGAUGGCUUGUGUACCUCUCUUAAAGCUUUCGACAAAACUCAUGAUGAUUUGUGUUCUACAAUCCAAAAUUCCAAAUUUGGGCUCAUAAAUCAGAAUAAUUACAGUAAAUCUGAAGGAGAUCAAAUGGACAUUAAUAUUGAGCAUCCAGAAACUUUGUUUGACGGUAGUGAAUCAAGAAAUGAAUUUACUGCUACUUUGAAUAUUCAGGAGGAGAAGUGUGAUUUAUCUAAACCUAGUUCUCUACCUGAUAUUCAUGAGACUGACGAGAAUGUUUGUAGAACUUUGUCAAUAGAGAGUUUGAACUCCUUAGAAGAAUUACGAAAUGAAGAAAGUGGCAAGAAGUUACACAUGAAACUGUUUUUAGAGAGUUUGUCCAGCGAGUCACCUCCGCCUCCAAGUGAUAUGGGAGAUUUUUGUGCAAGAGUGGUCUCUAAAAGAUCUUCAUCACAGUGCUCUUUUUCUGUAAAUGAAAUUCCUUGUAAAAAUAUAAAAACUGAUAAAAAUCAAAAUGAUCAAAGUGACCUACAGUUUAGCCCUAAGAAAAUGGAAAAGAAGGUUAAACGAAAAUUGAAUGUACACAUUGGUUCUAUUGUUAAGAACCGGAAAUCUGAGAAAAUUUUUAUACAUUCUGAAAAGAAAUCCCCAAGCUCUCCAAACAAGCAAUUUAAGGAUAAAAAACAAAACAAAGCUGAUUUAAGGAUUCAUCAAAAUAUCAUUAAAAAUGUUUCAAAAAUGAAGCAAAUGUCAUCAAAAGAAAAAUUGAAUAUGGAAAAAAAUUUGUCAUAUUCAGUGUUAACUAAACUCGCCUCCGAAGUAAAUCUUCUAACAAAAAGACUUUUUGGAACAUUACAGAAAUGUACUUCUAAUUUUUGUAAUGAACUGAACAUUCUUCGAUCUAACUUCUUGAUCAAAAUUGAAGAUAUGAUUUCUCAUAAUACAAAUCUCAGUGAAAAAGAUUUGAAAAAACUGGCUUUGAAUUGUAAAGAAAGUAGACUUCAAAUACAAACAAGCUUUGAACAAAUAACGGAAAUUGGGAGAAUCUAUUUUGAGGCUGAACAAAUGAAGGAAAAAAAGCUGAAAAACGUUCAUAGAAAGAUUACUGUGAAGUAUUGCUGUCAUCUGCGUGCUGCUGUUGAAGUAGCUGUGAAAAGCAUUGAAGAGAGAAUUGUUGGUAGAGCUGGAGCAAUGUUCAAGAAAUUUUUACAAGGAAUUUAAAUGAGUUUGAAUUUGCGGCUCAUUUUAAAACAGUUAGCAUUUUCCUGCCAUAUUUUAAUUGUAAAUAUGUCUGCUUUACCAUAUUUAUCAAAGAUAUCAGCUCUCUUCUUUUUUUUAACUCUUUGCUUUUGUUUAUAUUUGUUAAAUCUUUUUUUCAUUUUAAAUAUAUAGUUAAUUUCUACUAUAUUAUAUACAUAACCUGUUUGUG